AGAAUGCUCGAACACACUAUGUCACUGUUACUCUCGGUGGGAUGGCGCUGUCGGCGCCGUUGGGCUAUAAAAGUGCAGUCGCCAGAAUGAGUUAACGAUAACAAGUCGGCCGUCGACGGGAAUAAAUUGUUUAAUGAUCUAACAUCUCGAGAAUCUUUAUUUCGAUGCCGAGUACAAACGAUUCUUCGAUCCCGACGUUGGGAGCCAUGAGUGAUGGAGAGAAAACGAAAGACCAUUAUCGAAUCGUAGUCAUGGGAGCUGCCAAAGUGGGAAAAACUGCCAUCGUGCAACAAUUUCUAUACGACAGAUUUCCUCUGGACCACAAAGCAACGGUGGAAGAACUUCACAGAGAAGAAUACGAGAUCGGGGGAUGUUGCCUGACUUUAGAUAUUUUGGAUACCAGUGGAUCUUACGAAUUUCCGGCUAUGAGAAGAUUAGCCAUAAGCACUGGCGACGGCUUCGUUCUAGUGUAUUCGGUCGAUAGCAACGAAUCGUUCGAAGAAGUCAGACGACUGAGAGAACUGGUUUUGGAGAUCAGAGCAUCGGCGGUACCCAUGGUAAUCGUUGGUAACAAGUGCGACGUCGGAGACGAAUUACGGGUAGUUAAAAAGGAAAUCGCCGAAAUUAUCAUAAGCAUAGAUUGGGAAAACGGUUUCGUCGAAUGCUCGGCAAAGGAGGAUCACAACAUCAUGGAGAUAUUCAAACAGUUGUUAAUUCAAGCGAAAAUCUCUUACGAUUUGAGUCCGGCCGUGAAAAAGAGAAGAACUUCUUUACCUAAUUAUCCGACGUCACCUAGUGUUAAAGACAAAGUUUUACUCAAGCGAAACAGUUGCGCCGUGUCUUAAGGUUUCACUUUAUAUUCGCUACAGUCUUCCGUAGAAAUGCCUCGCAUUCGAAAGAUUUUAUUUAGUUCGUCUCACAACGA